CCAUGAUACAACCGUACAGUGUUUAUCGACUUAAACAUAAUAUCAACAUGGCAGCAUCAACAAGCUUUCAGAAGAAAACACGUGUGAAAGUACCGCAAAUAUCUGGAACGAAACCAUCCUUGUUAAACAGUCAAUUAUUGAUAUCCACUGGUGUCCCGUCUUUAGAUAAUGUUAUAGGUGGUGGUUUGGCUGUUGGCACAGUGCUGUUGAUUGAGGAAGAUACAUAUGGUAGCUAUGCAAGACUUCUGGUGAAGUAUUUUGUGGCAGAGAGUGUCAUGACCAGGCACUCAACCUUGCUGGCAGAUCUUGACACAGACCCCAACUCACUCAUUCAGGAGUUACCUGCCCCUAUUACAGACGACCCAGAAGAGGCCAUGUCCGAAGGAUCCGAUUCAGGGUCUAUGAAGAUCGCCUGGAGAUACCAGAAUAAGCCUAAAGUUCAGUCUAACCAACCCUCCGCCAAAUUCGGACAUUAUUAUAAUCUGACAAAGUCCAUGUCGGCAGAAACAGUUGGCAGCUCUGAUGUCACAACACUGUCAACACAUGACUUUACGCACAGCCUUGACCCCUGUCCCUUCAUGACCCCACACUACAGCAGACUGCUCCAGUACAUACACAGCCGGAUAGAGUCUGGCAAGUUCUCCACCAGCCAGCAGUGUGACAACAGAAAUAUACUUAGGAUAGCAAUACACUCCCUGGGGUCUCCGCUGUGGGGUGAGAGUGGAGGGGUGGGGCCAGAUGGGAGUUCAGACCCCUCGCUGCCACGCUUCCUAUAUGCACUCAGGUCGAUGCUGAGGUCAGCCUAUGCCUGUUGUCUCAUCACCGUACCUUCUCACCUGUUCCAGGAUCCAGGUUUUGUGGAAAGACUUGUUCGUCUAAGUGACACAGCAAUACGGCUCGAAAGUUUUGCUGGCUCUAUCAAGGAAAAUCCUGCUUUUAAGGAAUAUCAUGGUCUGUUGCACCUUCGUCAACUACCACGUCUCAACUCUCUCGUCUCUCAUAUGCCCGACACACUGGACCUGGCAUUCAAACUCAAGCGAAAAAAAUUCACAAUAGAGAAGCUGCACCUCCCCGAGUUGUCGGAGUCGGCCAGUCGAGAGCAAGAGGACCCUGCACCCAGAUUUAAACCCACGUCCCUGGCGUGUGGUGGACCUUCAUCUAAACUGGACUUCUAAUCUUUACAUCAACCAUGAAGCCAGUGUUCACCUUUCUUCUACAUCAAGGCCAUGUUUUCACAUUACUUUUUCUACAUGAGAAGAUGGGAUCCUGUAAACGUCAAACCUCAUCGUGAAAGGUUUCAGGACUUCUUGAAGGCAGAUGUGUGAUAUGAGGCCAUGUCUUAAAUUACCUUUUUCUUCAUGAGAAGAUGGGAUCCUGUAUGAGCAAACCUCGUCGUGAAAGGUUUCAGGACUUCUUGAAG